GAAGUCUUUAAUAGUUUAAUAGAUAUUGCAAUUUAUUAAUUCAUGAAAUAAUUUAUUCCAUUUGAUAUUGAUCAACAAUGAUUCACUUUGUUCUUCUCAUCAGUCGCCAGGGAAAGGUUAGAUUAACCAAAUGGUAUUCCCCUUAUUCCCAAAAGGAAAGAUCUAAGGUAAUCCGAGAGCUUAGUGGUAUAGUAAUCAAUCGCGGUCCUAAGCUCUGCAACUUUGUGGAAUGGAAAGGACUUAAGGUUGUUUAUAGAAGGUAUGCAGGACUAUACUUUUGUAUGUGCAUUGAUGAGGAUGACAAUGAACUAGAAGGUCUUGAUAUUAUUCAUCAUUAUGUUGAAAUAUUAGAUCGUUAUUUUGGCAGUGUUUGUGAGCUAGACUUGAUCUUCAAUUUUCACAAGGCUUAUUACAUACUGGACGAGAUAGUGAUUGCUGGGGAACUUCAAGAAUCAAGCAAGAGAACAGUGAUACGGUUGAUGUCUGCACAUGAUUCACUAGUGGAGAUGGCUAAAGAGCAAGCUAGCUCCAUAAGUAAUAUGAUUGCUCAAGUCACCAAAUAGGAGCAACAAUUAAACAUGCAUGGAAAUCAAUCUCUCCUUAUUAAUUAAGUAUAAUUUCUUUUUAGCAAUGGUGGAUAUGUCCCAAUGAUAAAUGCAUGCAUAUUGAACUUGAGAGACUCACAUUUGACUCCCUA